AUGGACAGUGGGCGUGGAUCUUCGGACGCGAAGGCGUCGUUGGAGGAGCUUGAGAAGAAGGGGUUGUUGACGCCGGCGGGGGUUGUAGUGCCUGAGAUGGCGGCGGCUGCUGCUGCUGCUGCUGCGGCGGCGGCGGCCGGGGUUGGUGGUGCAGAGGGGAUGGGGACGAACGGGGGCACACAGCAGGGGAUACCGGGGAUGCCCAUGUCGGUACGGGCGCAGCAGUUCCAGCAGGUUAUGCAGGAGAACGGGGUGGGGAAUAGUUCGGGGAAUUUGGCGUCGACACCGGGCGGGGUGGUCGGGGGCAGCAGCGGGAGCAGCAGUGGGUCGCAGCCCCCGCUGAUCCAGCUGCCCUCGAUGAGUAUGCCGUCUUUGAUGUACCAGUUAUCCCAUCAUCCACCGCCACAGCACCAUACGGGGAUUCCCCAAAUCCCGGUGUUAAAACAGCACGGGCAGGGGCAGGGGCAGCAGGGGCAGCAGGGGCAACAGCAGCAGCAGGGGCAGCAGGGGCAGCAGGGUCUGACGAGUGGUCCGCAGCAGGAUGCAUCCGGGGCGGGCACUGCUGUGAACGGUAGCGGUGCUGGGCUCCCACUGUUAUCUACCACGACGUCGACGCAGGGCAUCCAGGCUAUACAGCUGAACGAGGGUGAACACAUCAAUUCCAACGGCCAGCUGAUCGGCAGGUCGGGCAAGCCCUUACGUAACACGAAGCGUGCUGCACAGAACAGAAGUGCACAAAAGGCGUUCAGGCAACGGAGAGAAAAGUACAUUAAAGAUCUGGAAAUUAAAGCGAAACAGUACGAUAAAUUGGAACAGGAGUUGUUCUUGUUGAGAAGAGAAAACCAAGAAUUGAAAAUAAGGCUGACGGAGAUGGAGAAAUUGACCUAA